CAAUACGCCGUCGUUUAAAGUCCUCUCCUCCUCCUCUUCCAUCUGCCGUUGUCCCUACCCUUUCUGUCAUUCCACGCUCGAAUCUCCCCAAUCAUUCUCUCUAUCCAUCUCUUUCUCCAUCUUCAAUGGAAAUCGAUUCCCUCCCCAACGGUACCGCCGCGUCGCCGGGACCGACCCUAGGACCCGUCCCCACCGCCGCAACCCCUCCUCCUUCCUCGAAACUGAGCCACCUCGCCGACUCCCUGAAGCUGGAGCACCAGUUCCUCAGAGUCCCCUUCGAGCACUACAAGAAGACGAUCCGCGCCAACCACCGCGUCGUGGAGAAGGAGAUUUCCUCCGUUAUUAACGGCGUAUCCGAAGCCGCUGACCGGGACAACAUGUCGUCGGACGACGCCGUGAAUCAUCUCAGCUCCCUCGUUUCCAGGCUGCAGGGGCUUAAACGAAAGUUGGAAGAGGGGAGUAAGACGGAGCACUUGCAGGCGCAGAGGUGCCGGGCUCGGCUUGAUCAUUUAGAAUCGGCAGAUGUGGAGAGUCUGUCUGAAUGGAAUGACACACGUGUGAACCGGAUACUUGUGGAUUACAUGUUGCGGAUGUCUUAUUAUGAUACGGCAGUGAAGCUGGCAGAAAGCAGAAAUAUUCAGGAUUUUGUUGAUAUUGAUGUAUUCCAAGAAGCAAAAAAGGUUAUUGAAGCCCUUCAGAAUAAGGAGGUAGGCCCUGCCCUAGCCUGGUGUGCCGAGAACAAGUCACGGUUAAAGAAAUCCAAGAGUAAAUUCGAGUUUCAGCUGAGACUUCAAGAGUUUAUAGAGUUGGUACGAGCUGAAAAUAACUUGCGAGCGAUCACAUAUGCUCAAAAGUACCUAGCACCAUGGGGAACUACUCAUAUGAAAGAAUUCCAGCGGGUCUUUGUAACAGUAGCUUAUAAGAGUACUACAGAAUGUGCUCCGUACAAGGUUUUAUUUGAGCCAAAGCAAUGGGAUUACCUGGUUGACCAAUUCAAACAGGAAUUCUGCAAGUUAUAUGGCAUGACGCUUGAGCCUUUGCUGAAUAUUUAUCUGCAAGCAGGCCUGUCUGCUCUUAAAACCCCAUACUGUUAUGAUGAUGAUUGCACCAAGGAGGAUCCGCUAUCACAGGAGGGUUUCCGGAAACUAGCCCUGCCCUUACCUUAUUCUAAGCAGCAUCAUUCGAAGCUUGUUUGCUACAUAACUAAGGAACUAAUGGACACAGAGAACCCACCGCAAGUCUUGCCCAACGGCUAUGUCUACAGCACUAAGGCAGGCUCUUGAAGAAAUGGCGAGGAAGAAUGAUGGUAAGAUUACUUGUCCAAGGACAGGAUUGGUAUGCAAUUUCACAGAUCUGGUGAAGGCAUAUAUAUCAUGAAUAUAAAUAUUAUUGCCCUUUUAAAUUAUUCAAGUUCGUUAUUAAUCUGUAAUUCUGGGAUUUCUAACUGUCAAAACAUCCUCCUCUCUGUCUAUGUACAUAAACAGGAAUGCUCUCCUAAGGUCCUCAUUUUGAGGACCCGUGAGGUCCUAUUUCAUUUCAACCCUUAAAAUUAAUUUGACUGUGAAAUAAUCCAAAAUAUGAUAUUAUCCCUGUUACAACAUAACAAAAUAAUAAUUUUGAUAUAAAAAAAAAAACAAGAAGAGUUUCAGGCGUGAAUGUCAUAUAUCCGGUAUGUUGUAAAAGGGAUAAUAUCAUAUCUUGUUAUUAUCCCUGUUACAACAUUUUUAUUUUGUUAUGGUGUAACAUGGAUAAUAUCAUAUUUUGGAUUAUUUCAGUCAGAUUAAUCUUAUGGGUUGAAAUGAAAUAGGACCUCACAGGUCCUCAAAAUGAGGACCUUAGGAGAGAAUUUCUGCCUACAUAAAAUGCUUUCCUGCCGGACGUCCGGCUCAUUCCUCAACUUGGAAGUUGGUAUUACUGGUGGGGGAUUGAAGCAUGCACAUAUAUGCAGAAUUUAUUUUCAAGUUGCUGAACGGAAGACAUUCCACACUUGUUAAUAUUUCAAUUAAUUUACUCUACUGCUUUGAGCUGUAAAAACCAAGUCAUGGGAAUCCAAGUUGACGGGCUCUAAACCCAACUUGCUGGGUGAAGUAGCUACAGUUUUUAAUACAAGCGAUAUUUAAACUCGGA